UAACAUCUUUUGAGUUUUAGAAAAGAAAAAAACUGAAAAACUAUAAAAGAGAAAAAAAACUUGAAAUUUUCUUUACAAAAAUAAAUAAGAGAAAUCUAAGACUUAAAAAAAAGAAAAAUUGUUAAAAAUUUUUGUGUAUAAAAAAGAGACAAUGGUUAAAAGUGUUUGCGAAAUGGAAUUCAAAAGCAACUUCUCCAUCGAUGCCAUUUUGGCCAAAAAUAACAACAACUCCACAAACCCCUCUGGAACAACCCAAAACCACUAUCAGCAGUCGCCUUUGAUGGCUCCUCAGCAUACCUUCAACUCUCCCCAGCUGGCUCCGACUGUAAUGAUCAAACAAGAACCUGAUGCCAAGGAUGCCACUUUGUAUGUUUGCGAUGAUGGCGAUGAUCUAUCCGAGGAAUUUGAUAGUCCCAGCCGCACCAGUACCCCCAUGAGCAGUGCUGCCGAUUCUCUCUCUUCCGGUGAAGAUAAAUUGGAAGAUGAUCAGAGUUGUGACAGUGACGAGGACAAGGGCGAAGGCAAAUCCGAAGGUGAGGGUGAAGACAAAAAGCCACCCUACAGCUAUAAUGCCCUGAUCAUGAUGGCCAUACAAAAUAGCCCUGAGCAGAGAUUGACUUUGAAUGGCAUCUAUCAGUAUUUGAUUAACCGCUUCCCCUACUUCAAAAUGAAUAAGCGAGGCUGGCAAAACUCCAUACGCCACAAUUUGAGUUUGAACAAAUGCUUUGCCAAAAUUCCCCGCAGCUAUGAUGAUCCCGGCAAGGGCAACUACUGGAUCUUGGACCCCAGUGCUGAAGAGGUGUUCAUUGGUGAGACCACCGGAAAACUGCGCCGCAAAAACCCAGGAGCCAAUCGUGCCCGCUUGGCCGCCUAUCGCCAGGCCAUUUUCUCCCCCAUGAUGGGACGUUAUGCUGCUGCCGCCGCUGCAGCUGCUGCCGGACCCUUCCCAGGAGCUUUGCCACCAUUUGCCAAUCCUAAUUAUGCCAAUGCUGCUGCCGCUGCUGCCUUAUAUCAACGCAUGAAUGCCGCCUAUGCUCCAGCUGCCUAUGCCCCCCCAACAGCUGGCCCUCCACCACACGGCAUGCCUGUGUACAAUCAAAUGCCCUCGGCCAAUGCCAUGUAUCCUGCUGCCAUGCCCAUGACCGCCGAACUUUUCCAUCGCAUGCAGCUUUUGGGAAAAUUCCCAGCCAGUUAAACAUGGAACUCCAAGGUCAGGUUGAAAACAAACAAGAUAAGGGAACGCUAAGCGUUUUUUGAUUUAUUCCACCGCAUAUGCAACGACCAAAGACGGUUUAAAGUCUUAGUUAGCUUGGCAAGGCAAGGCAUUAGCAGGACUCUUAAGGGAACUCUGGGUUUUUAAGGAAGAGUUUCUCCACAUUCCCAAACCACCCAAAACCAAAUCAGCACAGGGCUGUUAGCCCUCUAGGGGCCGGGGGACAGUACCUAGAAAAAGGGGCAAUAACGUACAAUGCUUGGACAGCAUUUACAAUGAAAAGGCGGGCCUUCUAUGGAUCAGAUCAGAAAUCAAUAAAACUGGUCAUAUAAUCAAAUUUAAUAAAAAAAAAUCUAUUUUUUUAUAUGUACAAAUUUUCUUCUUUAGUUUUGUUUUUAGUUUUAAGUUAUAAGAGAAAAAAAGAAACAUUUUUCAUAUGCAUAGAAAAUAAAUUGAUUUUAUAAAACCUAAA